GCGUCAGCACUUUCACCACAGCACCAGGAAUGGCAGAAAUGUCCAAAACGGAGAAAGUUCAGCUUCAUGCACCGGAUUUAGAUGAGCUGCGGAGUGUACUGCAGGCUGGACUUGAGGGCAACUUCGCAGAGGUUCGGGUGAGUGUUGUGGAGUGUCCAGAUCUGAGCAAGGAGCCCUUCCAGUUUCCUGUGAAAGGUCUUUGUGGAAGUCCUCGCAUCACUGAUGUUGGAGGUGUACCAUAUCUGGUUCCUCUGGUUCAAAAGGACAAGGAAUAUGACAUGAACGCUAUAUCAAAGGAGGUGGAGCUUCCUGGAGCGUUCCUCCUCGGAGCAGGAGCGGCUCCCUGUAGAAUUAUUGGAAUGAACGCAGAGCUGAUGCCGUUGGUUCUCACUGAGGCUGAGGGCAGGCCUGCCGUUAACAGCAGCUACUUUUCCUCCAUCAACCCAGCCGACGGUCAGUGCCUCCUGGAGAAAUACAGCCAGAAAUUCUCCGACUGUAACUUUGGACUGCUGGGAAAUCUCUAUGCUUGUGAAGGCAAGCCUGGGAAGGUCAUAGAGGUUCAGGCAAAGAAAAGAAUAGGGAGUCACAGUCUGGUGACGGCCCUGAGGAAGACUCUUGAAGCACACUAUCCUGAUAAAAGCCUCGCUCUGGGAGGCACCUUCAUCAUCCAGAAAGGGAAGGCCAAAAUCCACAUCAUGCCGAGAGAGUUCUCGGCCUGCCCCCUCAACACCAACGACGACGUCAACAAGUGGCUCAAGCACUUCGAGGUCAGCGCUCCGCUCAUCUGCCAGUCGGUGCUCGUGUCCAGAGACCCUGGCUUGGAUCUGCGUGUGGAGCACACCCACUGCUUCAGUCACCAUGGAGAAGGAGGUCACUACUACAUAGACACGACUCCAGACAGCGUGGAGUAUUUGGGUUACUUCCUGCCUGCAGAGUUUGUGUACCGGAUCGACAGACCCAAGCACCCACGCUGUUGGGAGAGACUAAAAAAAACCCAGUCAUGUUGCUUUUUAACAGGAUAAUUCAUUAAAAUCAUUUCAAUCCAGGGUUUCUGUCUCCCAUGGUUCUUGUAACUACAAAUGAACUAAUAAAAAUGUUUAAAGUGAAA